CUUCCUUCAUCCUCUAAACUUUGCAAUCCCGACCUCGCUUCUUCUCUAGAACUAUUCCCAACCGACAUUCUUCACUCGUCCCCUUCCAUCUAUCUUCAACCCUCCGCUUUCCUCUACGUCGAACGCUUCCAUCUCCCGCAGCUAUGGGCUCUCCCAAUUCCUCCCGUCCAAAGAACGUACUCAUAACCGGCUGCUCUGCCGGCGGCAUUGGCUCAGCCCUCGCCUUCUCCUUCCAAAAGCGUGGCUACCUCGUUCUUGCUACAGCUCGCGAUGUCUCCAAAAUCGACCCCGCCCUUACUUCUCUCCCCUCAGUCACCACCAUCAAGCUUGAUGUCACAUCUGACGCCAGCAUCGCUGCCGCGGUAGUCGCCGCGCGCGAAGCGCUGGUCGCCGAAAAGCACGCCGGUCUUGGCUUCCUCGUCAACAAUUCUGGCGUCGGGACUGUGAUGCCAUGGCUGGAUUACGAAAUGAGUGAAGCGAGGCGACUAUUCGAGACGAAUUUCUGGGGCGUGUUGAUGGUGACAAAGGCGUUCAUGCCGCUCCUAAUUGAAGGCCAAGGCACGCUCGUGAACAUCGCUAGCAUAGCCGCCAAAACCUGGAACCCCUACGAAACCAUCUACAACGCAUCCAAAGCCGCUAUCCAGCAAUGGGGCGACACGCUACGACUUGAACUCGAGCCACUGGGAGUGGGUGUGGUAAGCGUUAUGGCGGGCAUGAUUCAAAGUCAAUGGUAUAGCAAUAGUGUGCCACCACUGAAAUUACCCGAGGACUCGUACUAUCAGCCUGUGUUGAAGAAUAUACAGGGGAGUGUGACGGGGGUAGCGAAUAAGGAGAGUGGGACGCCGCCGGAUGUGUUUGCGGAGACGGUGGUGAAGCAGCUUGUGAAUGGAAAGACCGGAAAGAUAUGGGCGGGGGCGCUAAGUACAUUGAUUUGGACUUUGGGGUGGUUUCCGGAGUGGGUUUCGGACUAUAUUUUGAGAGAUCGAUCGGGGUUGGGAAGUAUGAAGAAGCUGAAAGAUGUGUGAUGCGGUCUCGAAAGAUACAUAUCUCAAGAUGUCGUAGUGAACAUGAAGCAACUACAACAUGUGGAACGUACACGCCGCGUCUACCAAGUUCUCCUCUCAUGUGGUCAAUUCUGUAACUUUUAGCAACCAACUUUCGAGC